AUGUUGGUCAUCGUCCCGACCGGCUUGCUGAGCAACUGGUCAAGGGAGCUGAAGAAAUGGGCAGCGGACGACCUGACCUUUCAAGUGUUUCACGGCAACAGCAAGAACUUGCUGGCCAAUGCUCGUCCGAAAGAGGCGCCCAACUGGAUCUGCCCGCGCUGCGAGGAGCCGAACAACGCCGGGCGAGCCGCCUGCAACAACUGCGGCGCUCCAAAGCCGCCAGGUGUUCUCGGUGCUGCUGCCGGUGCCGGGGCCGCCAGAACCGCUGCAGCGCCGAAGGCAGCUGGCAAGGGGAAGCGGGGAAGAGCGCUGAAUCAAGAGCAAAGCGCGAACAUCAUGCUCACAUCAUAUGGCACUUUCCGGACCUCUGCGCAACAUCUGAUGAAGGCACAGACGUUCGCGGGCAUUAUCCUGGACGAGGCGCAGAACAUCAAGAACCACGGGACGCAGGUGGCCCGGUUGGUCAAGCAGAUGGCGGACUGCUGCGGGACGGUCCGCGUCGCUUUGAGCGGGACCCCGGUGGAGAACUCCCUGGCAGACCUCCACUCCUGCUUCGAGUUCAUCCUGCCAGGGUAUCUGGCGAACUCCAAGAGCGAAUUCACCAAGGAGUUUGCCAAGCCCCUUGCCGCGGCAGCCAGGAAGCAGGACCCUGUCCCUGAGGUCGCCGACAAGCAGCGCCUGCUGCAGCGACUCAUACAGCCCUUCGUAAUGAGGCGACUGAAAUCUGACAAGAACAUCGCUGCCGACCUCCCGGACAAAGUCGAGCAGAACCACGACUGUGAGCUCUCGCCCAUGCAGGAGACCUUCUACAAGGCGCUCCAGGAGAAAGGCCAAAGAGAUGCCGAAGGAGCUCAGGGCAUCGAGCGGCGUGGUCAAGUCCUCGCCAUGCUCCACGCGCUCCGAAAGGUGUGCAACCAUCCGGCGUGUCUGGAUCCCGAGAAGUAUCCGCAGGGCACGGAGCAGAUCCCAAAGAGCUCCGACAUCGAGGCUAGUGGUAAGUGCGCGAAGCUGCACGAGCUCUUGCAGAGCAUCAUCGCGGCGGAGGAGAAGGUGCUCAUCUUUUCGACCUACCUGGCUACGAUCAGCCUUUUGAAGGGCCAGAUCGAGGAGAAUUUCAACAGCAAGGUGAAGACGAUCGUCGGCGAAAUGGCCGCAGACCAGCGACAAGAGGCCGUUGAUGCCUUCCAGAACGACCCGGCCGUCUCCGUGCUCAUCCUCAGCCUCCAGGCAGGCGGAGUUGGGCUUAAUCUGACGGCUGCGACGCACGUCAUCCACUUCGACAGAUGCUACAACCCAGCUAAAGAAGCACAAGCAACGGACCGCGCUCAUCGAAUCGGCCAGACACGCACCGUCUUCGUCCAUCGCCUCAUCACGAAGGGCACCUUCGAGGAAAGGCUCCAUGACAUCAUGGUUGCGAAGCAAAAGCUUUCCGACCUGACCAUCACGGGUGGUGAAGGUUGGAUCGCCGAUCUCAACAAUGACGAGCUCAGGGAGCUGUUCGAGCUAAGUGGCGAGAGAGCCGAUGGUCCCACGGUCAAGCGCCGGAAGCGCGCGGAGGCCCAAGAUCACGACGGCCGUGCCGGGCGGGCUGGCAUGAACGCCAUGGAUGUUGAUGGCGUUUCACAUCAGGUCGAUUUCUCGUGGUGCAUCGGCGGUUAUGGCCAGAGGUGCCAAUGUGAGUGGCCAAUGAAGCGCAGCUCCGACAAAGCGCGCAUGACAGCGCAUGUCUCCGGCUUGCACUCCGGUGCCCCACACUCUCAAGUCAUGACCCCCGAACCCAAGUCUUGA